AUAGAUGAAUGGAAACAGGUAGAUGCAAGCACAAAAGAUGCAAUUUGGGUUGAUCUUCAGAAGCAUUUUGUUAUGCCAGAAAGUGAUGAUCCAAAAAAUGAUCCAUUGAAGAAAAAAUGGAUGGUGUAUUUGGGGGUGCGGUGGAACGGGUUUAAGGCACAACUCACAUCGGAAUAUAUUGCAUAUCCCAACCCCGAACGCCCUCCUCCGUAUGCUAGGUAUCCUUUUAUUAAAGAACAUAUAUGGAAGAGGUUCGUUGAGUCUCGAAAUACAGAUGAAUUUAAGGCAAAAAUUCAAAAGGGUAGGGACUGUGUGGCUAAAAAUAUUUAUAGACAUACAUUAUCUCGUGGAGGAUAUGAACUGCUUCAGGAGAAAAUGAUGAAGGAAAAGAGAAAAGUGCUAGAAGAAUCAGGAGAUGUAGAUGAUAUAUUAAAUGAUGAUCUAAGUCUAUCUCCUCCAUCACGUCAUGAUACAUGGAAGAGAGCAAGACAAAAGAAAGGGGGAGAGUAUACAUCAGAGGCUGCAAAAGUUGUUGCUGAGAAAAUUGAUGCUCUAGUUGAAGAGACUGCCAAAGGCACCUUUGUUCCACAAGGACGUGACGAUAUCUUAACAAGGGCAAUUGGGACAAAAGAGCAUGGUGGUCGUGUCUGUGGUGUUGGACCAGGUUAUACUCUGAGCAAUUACUUUGGAAGGUCUUCACGUCUUACCCAAACCAUAGAUGUUAACCAGCAUCUCUCACAACUUCAAACAAAUCUCGAAAGACAGAUUAAAGAAAAAUUUGAUGCAGAGUUUGAACAAAAGAUGGCCGUUGAACGUGAGUUGAUGCAACAAGCAUUUCUGGAUAAACUUAAGACUAUGGGUUUCACCCAAACCUUGCAAAUAAAUGAAGAAAUUGAGCAUAGUAGUCCUCAAAAAGUUGCUGUGCAUGGAAGCACAAAAGGUUCUUGUACCGCUGCACAAGAAAAUUACAAGGACGACUUAACCAUCGACAAUGUUCAAAAAUUGCUAUGCAUGGUUUUGAGAAGUGAAGAAGAUAUACGCAUACCAUUAGAACAUGAGCCAAAUACCGCAAGGUUUUUUAUUCCAGCAAAGUGUAUUAGAGAGUUGUUGGUGGGUAAUGCUUGGCUUGACUUUUCUAUUCUACAACUGUGGUGCACGUGUAUGCAUCGUCUCUGUAUCUCAAGAAAUAGAUCGAAAGUGUUUGGCAUUUUGGACCCAGUAUGCUUGGAUUUUAAUCCAACUGAUCCUAGUACUAAAUCUAAAGUUCAGGGACACAUACAAACUAGGUUGCGUGAUUUGAACAAAGUGUGUUACUUAGCACCAUAUCUAUUUAAAGGACACAGGCAGUUAAUAAUUAUUUGCCCCAAGGACAAUAGUUUAGUUGUCCUUUGUUCAAUGCACCGAGAUCUUAAUGAAGGAAUGAUUAAGAUUGUUUCAAAAGCUUUAGAGGUUCAUCAACUUUGUCAGGGCAAUAGAAAGAAGGCUAAAUGGUUUCGUCCCAAACCAAGAAAGCAACCUAAUGGCAAUGAUUGUGGAUACUAUGUGAUGAAGAAUAUGCUAGAUAUCAUCUCUGCUAAUAUUACUAAGUCUUGGAUGGAGGUAUUCAAUGAUCCAACGGCAUUAACUGAAGAUGACUUAUAUGAUUUGCGAAAUCAAUGGGCAACUUGUUUUCUUGACUUGUAUAACGCGUAGGAUUUACAUGAUGAAAAUUGAUUAUGAUGUGGCUGAGAUGAGACAUUGUCGGUGCUUACGACUGAGAUGAAAUGAGAUGCUUUUUGCAGCUGAAGCUUAGCAUAUUUACAAUGA